AUGAUAUGCAAAAUCCUGAACUCUACUGAUAAGUCACAUCCGUCGCAAUUCCGCGAUGAAAGAAAUAAUAACUGGACACGACAAGGCUAUUCUCACAACACAAAUCGUGACCAAAACAGACACCACCCGUAUCACAACCGUUGGCAGAGCAGUAAUAGUUGCAGAGAAAGAUCGCUUUUCCAUAGUAAUGAAUAUGACAGAGAUUACCAAAGAAACAGACAAUAUGGGAACAAAAACAAUUAUUAUCAAGAGAGACAGAAUAACUUCAGACGCAACAGUUCAGCGCACAGUUACGAUUCCAGGAGAAAUUCUCCACCACAUGACCGACAAACAAGAAACUAUGUAAACUACCAACAGAACGACAGACCUGAAUUCCAUCAGAACUGGCGGGAUUCAAACAGAGCAGAGCACUUUCAACAACGUGAAUUUGUAGAAGUUAGGUCUCCUAAUCCCAAUAACGACGCGCGAACAAAGAAACAGACAAUGACUCGCACCGCAGGCUGCCACGUGCGCCGGAUGGCUCAGGGAAAAAUAACAUAG